AUGAGGGCACAAUUGUUCCAAUUCAUGCAAAGAUGGAAAUCAACAGCCAAAGAAGCCAUGGAUCACACCCUCCUUUUCUCCAAAUUCCUUUGCCUCUUACACGUUACCAACAAUUAUCUUUGCUCCCCUACUCUGGUGUAUGGACCGAGCAUGCUCCCGACAUUGAAUUUAACUGGCGACGUGUUGGUGGUGGAGAAGAUGUCGCAUUUGCUGGGUAUCGUGGGGCCGGGCGACGUUGUUUUAGUGCGGUCGCCGGAGAACCCUAGGAAAACAAUUACGAAGCGCAUUGUGGGCAUGGAGGGUGAUAGGGUCACCUUCUUAGUGGAUCCCAGUCAUAGUGAUCGCUCUCACUCACUCGUGGUGCCAAAGGGCCAUGUGUGGAUACAGGGAGAUAAUAUCUAUGCGUCGAAGGAUUCACGGCACUUUGGGCCAAUCCCUUAUGGUCUGAUCCUGGGAAAGGUUUUUUGUAGAGUUUGGCCACCUGAAGGGUUUGGCUUGUUGGAACAACAAGAAUGA